UCAGCCGACUGCUAAGGUGCGCGGAUGAACUUUACAGAGUUCUUCCUUAUCCUGAUUCAGUUGUGCUUCUUGUGUUUAUACGAUUAUUUUGUGAUAAUUGUUUUUUAUUUGUAAUAGUUAUUAGAUUAAUUGUGAUAUAUUGUAUUAAUAUUAUGUAUGUCAAAUUCUACUUCAAACGUCGUUUUACAAUCAUUGAUUUUUAAACUGUAUGCUAUAAAAAUGUGUUGUUACUGAAGUUUGAGUACUAAAGAACUGCAAUGUGUUUUUUUCAAUAAUUUUUUUUUUUUGGUGGCACUUAUUUGGUAAAAAGUCAUUAUUAUGUUAAUUAAGGAAUAUCGUAUACCUUUACCUUUAAGUGUUGAAGAAUAUCGAAUAGCUCAGUUAUACAUGAUAGCAAAAAAAAGUAGAGAAGAAACUAAAGGAGCCGGUAGUGGUGUUGAAAUUUUAGUUAAUGAACCUUAUGAAGGAGGACCUGGAGGUGAUGGAAAUACUGGCCGUGGCCAAUAUACUCGUAAAAUUUAUCAUGUUGGAAGUCAUCUACCAGGAUGGUUUAAAGGAUUAUUACCUAAGUCUGCAUUAUCUGUUGAAGAAGAAGCAUGGAAUGCAUAUCCAUAUACAAAAACUCGGUAUACAUGCCCAUUUGUUGAAAAAUUUUCUUUAGAAAUUGAAACAUAUUACUACCCUGAUAAUGGGUCUCAUGAUAAUGUGUUUAAAUUGUCCACUAGUGAAUUACGAAAUGUUUCUGUUGACUUAAUAGACAUAGUUAAAGAUCAACUUUAUGGUGCUGACUAUAUUAAAGAAGAAGAUCCAGUAUAUUAUAUUAGUGAGAAAACUAAAAGAGGUCCUUUACCUGAAAACUGGAUCUCUGAGUAUUGGAAAGAAUGUCAAAACAAAAGUAUGCCUACAGCUUCUGGUAAAUCAAUUAUGUGUGCUUACAAGUUGUGUAAAGUAGAAUUUCGUUAUUGGGGCAUGCAAACUAAAAUUGAAAAAUUUAUUCAUGAAGUUGCAUUAAGAAAAACUAUGGUGCGAGCACAUAGACAAGCAUGGGCUUGGCAAGAUGAAUGGGUAAAUUUAAGUAUGGAUGAUAUUCGUCAAAUUGAAAAGCAGACUCAAGAAGCACUUAAACAAAAAAUGAGUAGCAAUAGUAGUGAUUCUGAAGUUAGAGAAGGAACUGAUAUUGUAGAAGAAACAAAAAAUGUUAGUAAUUUAGCUGCAACAAUGGGAAGUAUAGAAAAAAGUGAUCUUGAAGUUGCAACACCUGUUACUUCUAAACGUAUGCAGGAUAGUACUCUGUAUUCUCAAACUCCUUGUGUAUCAAGUAGUUCUGAAAUAAGAUCAAGCAAUAUUCAACCAUCAUCAUCAAAUAUCAGUAUACCUGUAAGAAAGAGUUGGAGUAGCACCAAAUCUCAAAUGCCAUCUCCUGGAUCAACUCAAAGUUUUGAUACAGCUCCUAACUGGAGAAUGGAAAGUCUUGUAUGUGAUUCUGACUCAGAAUUAAGCAAUGAUGAUGAAUUCUUUGAUUGUCAAGAAUCUAUUCCUUCAUCAGAAAUUGUAUCACUUGCCAAAUGGAGUUCAUUAACAAUACUGAAUGAGCAAGAGUUUGAUUCCUCAAGUUUACCAGAAAAAGAAGAAGACAGUAUAUUUUCUCCUACUACAAAAAAACCAUCUCCGUUCAUACAGCGUGGUUAUAGUAUUGAUACAUGCCCAGGUUCUCCUGUUAUUAGUAAAGAAACAAAUUGUCAAAUUAAUGUUCUUUUAAUGAUAAUUCACUCUGGAAGUGUACUAGAUGCUAACUCUGAUAUUAUGGCAAAAAAGUCUGAUUUUACUACAUUUAGGGGUGCUUUUGAAUCUGUUAUGAGACAACAUUAUCCAAAUAUGAUUGGUCAUGUAGCAAUGAGACUAAUUUCUUGUCCAUCUAUUUGCGCUGAAGGUCUCAGUGUAUUGUCAAAAUUAAGUCCUUAUAGUUUUGAUGUUUCCCCAUCUGUUAUGGAAGCUACAAAUAUAACUCAUGAUUCUGUUCCAAUUGGUGCUAUUCCUAUACUUGCAAGAUGUUCUAAUGAUUAUAUAGAAGUAGUUUCUAAUGUUAUUCGAAUGGCUAAUCAAAUUUAUCGAGAAUUUAUUAAGUCCAAUGAAGGUUUUGGGUUUAAUGGUCGUGUUUAUAUUAUAGGUGAUUCGAUGGGGUCUGUAAUAGGCUAUGAUGCAUUAUGCAGAAGUCCUGAAAAUCAUGAUUACAGCCGACAUAGUACUCCAGAGCAUAAUCUAAAGAAAAAUGAAAAUGAUGAGUGUACAUCAGUUACAAGUGGUGAUUCAGCUUAUAAAGUUCUAAUUACUCCACCAAUAAAACGAAAAUCAUCUACUAAUGACAACAAUAUAUGUUUGGAAUUUGAAGUUCAUGAAAUGUUUAUGUUUGCUUCUCCUUUAUCACUCGUAUUAGCAUUUAGAAAAAUAUCAGCCCAUAAAAAUGAUAAAUCAUCAAUAAUUCAGCGUCCAGCUUUACAGCAAAUAUACAACUUAUUUCAUCCAACUGAUCCAAUAGCUUCCAGACUAGAGCCCUUAAUCUCAGCAAAAUUUUCUAUUUUACCGCCUGUCAAUAUUCCACGAUAUCAAAAAUAUCCACUUGGAACGGGACAGCCAUACUACUUAUUGGAAACAGUGCAAACAAAUCCUCAAUUAUUUUCUGAACCUAAUUAUACUCGUCGUACAUCUGAAGCAAGUAUUUUAAGUGCCAUGUCUGGAAUUGGAGAUACAUUACCAAUACAAGCCAUAAAUAAAUUGACUAAAAAAUGGUGGGGCUCUAAAAGACUGGAUUAUGCUCUAUAUUGCCCUGAUGGAUUAUCCAAUUUCCCAACCAAUGCAUUACCACAUAUAUUCCAUGCUAGUUAUUGGGAAUCAUCUGAUGUUAUAGCAUUUAUUUUAAGACAGUUUGUUACAUUUGAUUAUCAUAGUUCAGCUAGAAUUGAAGAAAAAGAAUUAGCUAGUUUUAGCCCAAGUCAACCUCGUGAAAAAUGGCAACGUAAAACAACAUUUAUAAAAAUUAAAAAUUCGACUGCUAGUCAUCGAGCAAAUGAUGUAAUUAUACGUGAAGGUUUACCUCAAACUAUUAGUGCCCGAUUUAUAUAUGGACCAUUUGACAUGUUCUCUUUAGCUGGUGAAAAGAUUGAUAUACAUAUUAUAAGAGAACCUGGUAGUGGAGAAUGGACGCACUUAGCUACAGAGGACUCUGACAAAAAUGGACGUGUUGUUUAUACAAUUCCUGAAAAUAAAUCACUUGGAUUUGGUAUUUACCCAGUUAAAAUGGUUGUAAGAGGUGAUCAUACAAGUGUUGACUUUUUAUUAGCUGUAGUUCCACCUCAAACUGAAAUAGUGGUGUUCAGUAUAGAUGGUUCAUUUUCAGCAAGUGUUUCUGUUACUGGACGUGAUCCAAAAGUCAGACCAGGAGCUGUUGAUAUAGUCAGACAUUGGCAAGAUUUAGGAUAUCUGAUUGUUUAUAUUACUGGAAGACCUGAUAUGCAACAACAACGUGUACUAUCAUGGUUAAGUCAGCACAAUUUUCCACAUGGAUUAGUUUCAUUUGCAGAUGGCCUUUCUACUGACUUUCUUGCUCACAAAAUUACAUAUCUUAAAAAUCUUGUACAGGAUAAUAAAAUGAUUAUACAUGCUGCUUAUGGAAGUAGUAAAGAUAUCUCAGUUUACAGUGCUCUUGAUCUUAAACCCAAGCAAAUAUUUAUUAUUGGCAAAGUAGGACGUAAACAUUAUACCAUGGCAACUGUGCUAUCUGAUGGGUAUGCUGCUCAUUUAUCUGCUUUACAAUGUCAUGGUGGAUCAAGACCAGCACAAGGAAAUGCUCGAAUGUUAUUAACUCCAAGAGGGCGGUUUGGCCAAAAUGCUUCAAUGAGACGUAGAAGGUGUCCUGAGAAGAGAACUGGUGAUGGACAUGGUUCUAAUAAUUGAUGCAUACUUGACCGGAUAUUAUGGUGCAAGUAAAUGCCAGAUCUGCAAAGAGAACUACUUCAUUUCCUAUAUGUUCAUUAACCAGAACUUCAAGUCGAAACAGAUACUAUAAUCUUUGAUGUUGCUCCUGGUCAUGUUUCCAUUGUUACUCCUCAGAUGGAUCUUGAUAAUGGUAUUAUAAUGUUUGAUUUUUAUGGAAAAUUGUUAAGAUAGUUUUGUUUUUGUAAUGUUGAUUGUUAUUUAUUUUAACUGCACUUAUUUUUAUAUCUUUUAUUUUUAGCACAUUCCUGUUAUAUCCAAUGAUUUUUUUAUAAUAAUUUUCUUAUUACCUAUCCUUAUCAUUUCCAUUAUUGUUAUUAAUUUGUAGAGAUAUAUUUUAUUAACUGUAUUAAGAUUAUUUGUCCUUAAUAUCAUCAAGAAGGCUGUGCCAGAUAUAAAAAUGUACAUUGAAAAUAUUCUGUACGAAAAUUGUGCUAUUCUAGCUUGUAAAUUAUUUCCCUUUAUAUAAUUAUUAAUUUAUUUAUUAUUCAAGUUUUCUUACUUCUCGUUAAGGUUUAUAAAAAAUGUAAAUAUUAUAUAACUUUCUAGUCAAAUUGUUGAUCAAAACUAUGUUUAUAACUGUAGUUAGGAUUUUUUUGUAGACCAAAAAUGUUUUUGGAAAAAAAAAAUCAUCGCAUUAAAGUGAAAUAUUUGUGAUACUUUUUAUGUUUUGUUUCUAUAAAUUAGAAAAUUGUUAUACAUAAAAUUGCCUAAUUUUUAUAUUGAAAUAAUGUAUUGUAAGAAAAAUAUAAAAUUGAUUAUUAAUAUAUUACAUUGAAUUUUAAAUAUGACUGUUCACAAUCACAUGAAUUAUACUGGCAUUUAUGAAAAAACUGUUAAUAUUGUUUAAUGAAGCAUUUUUUAUUCUAUUUAUUUGAUUAUAGUUUGUAGAUAUUUUAUAUUAAUUUAAUAUUGUAUAAUAAACAAUAAGUGAUGUAGCUAUUAUUAUUAUGGAAUAUACAGAGUAUUCAGUAAGUAUAGAAACAGAUCAGUUGAUACAAACAAUGAGAACAAUAGAAACCCGUUUCCUUACUUACUGAAUACUCUAUAUAUGUAUGUAUAUAGUAUAUGUUGGUUUAUGUAAAAGGUGUCUAAAAGUUGUCAAAUAACUUUUCUUUAUUUAAUACUAUCAUAAGAUAUUUUGAUUACAAUCAUGUUAAUAUGCUAAGUUUAGGUGCCCAUUUAAUAAAGUUAAGUGUUUUUUUUAUCAAAAGGAAGAGGUAAUAAGUUACUAAAUGUUAAAUUGACUAACAAAAUUAAAACCAUCCUAUAAAUGCAUUUUGGAAAUAUUGUUAUUUUUUGAUUCUAGUAGACGUUUUCUUGCAAAAGAUUUGAAAUAAGUUGUGACUACUUUGGACACCUUAGUCAUUGUAUUAUAAUCAAAAUAAUAAAUGUUAUCAUUGGUGUAACUAGAAGAAAAUUUAAUUUCCAAAACUAGUCAUAUUAAAACUACCUUUUCAAACGUAAAAUAGUAUAUCUAAUAUUCCUAGUUAUUCUAGGAUAUUCCAAUAAUUGAAGACUUAGCCAUCCUAGUUACACUUAUGAAUGUUAUUGUACUGUUACAAUAAUAAAAAUUUAAAAAACCAUGUAGCAAUUGUGUGAAAUGUUAUUAAAUAUAUAAGUGAUACAUUAUUUUGAACA